AUGGCUGAGACGCCGGCUUCCACGUACGCCAGCUCGCCGCCUAUCGCCGGCGCAUUCCCACCCGUCGCCGCCGGCCACUCCCUCCCCUCGCCCGCCCCGAGCACCGCCUCGAGCCGAGCGGCAGCCACUUUGCCGCACCCGCGGUCGAAACCGUUGAUGCGCGGGUCGCGGAAGGAGGACUACGCGAGGAAUUACGUCUCGGAUCGGCUCAUGCACAUCUCCCGCCGUUACGUCAAGAAACACGGCAUCCCUGACCCCGCCGACGAAGUCAAGGGCUACGAUAGCAUGGAUGAGGUGUGCGAGGAUCUCGAGGAAGUCGUCAACGUCCUUUGGUUUUCGGGUACCCCCAGCCUGCAGAUCCCGUACCUCCUUAAUGUCGCGCUCGCUUUCAACACCUACCUGCCGUCUUUCGCGCCGUCGCCGCGCCCCACGUUCGCGCUGCUCAAGAAGCUGGACCACUGCUUCGCGAGCCUGCUCGUAGGACGCGACGUCAAGUCGGGGGAGCCGCUCCCGGGCUUCCAGCAGCGCCGCGACCCCGGCUUCAGCAAAACCGACAUGGUCCGCUGCAAGAGCAUCGCCGACGAGACGCGCAUACUAGUCGCCACCCACAUGAGCGACGAGCCCGACGUCGAGUUGUUCGCAGACGAUGACGUCGACGAAGCCGCGCCGCCUGUGGGGCAGAACGUCGGCCCGUCAAUACCUGCGAAAUCAACACAGUCCCCCGUUCCACAUGACAGUAACGAAGUCGCCGCCAAUGGCGAUGGAGAACAACAAGAAAAAGACGACGACGACGACGACGACGAAGACGGCGACCGGAUAGAACUAGAAGACGACGUGAGAUUCGAAGAUGUCAAGGGUUUGAACGGCGAGGGCGCUUCGCGACCCACCACGAAGCGCAAACGCGACGACGCGGACUUGGGGGAGAGCGAAGAACACGGUGCCGACGAUAGAAAACGAGUAAAAGUCGAUGGUGGCGCGAACGGAUCCGCGCUGGCAUUCAGCGACGCGACACCGGCCGAGCGGAGUCCGACCCUGACCGCGGGCGGUCCGAGUCGCCCGGGCGAGCAGUUCCACUGGAUGGUCGACGACGACGACGACGAAGACGGCGAAGCGGCUCCCGGCGGCAGCAGCGGCGCAGCGCCCCUAGCGCCGCCACGCGCCGACGACGCCGACUACGGCGAGGACGUCGACGUCGACGACGAGGACGAGGAGUUGCAGAUGAACGUCGGCAGGAUCUACGAGCGGACCCUGGUGCAGCUCGACAGGUCGCUGGGGGGCACGCUUCUCGGCGACUAG